UUGUUAAUUUUUAGAUCAGACGUCGAAAGCAUUGCCAGAAAUAAAACCAAGGACCACUACUACUACUACCACUACUACUACUACUACUACUACUACCACUACUACUAUUACCACUACAUCUACAACACGUAUGUGAAUUUCUGCAUUUCGACAACUCCAACGAUCGAAAUCGAUGCCGACUCCAUUGGAACGGAAUUUGUGCUCAUUUUCCCGGGCAACAGCGGUGGAAAUACGUCUAGGCUGCCAGAAAUAAGUGUGGAUUUAAUCAAUCCGACCUCCAGAAAUGCUACCGUUCAAAUCCUCAAACGAAGAAGCUCUACUCCAAUAGCGCAAAAUGUACAAGUCCCACCUCAUUCUGUUGUGAAGUAUGAGCUUGACGCAUCGACCUAUGCCAUGCUUUGCGCCGGCAAAGAUUCAUUUGUGCGUUGUCCGGAUACAUCUAUAGCUAUUCAAAGCAGCAAUCCUAUAUCAGUGGUGGCGCAUAAUCACCUCAGUGGAGUUGCUGGCGAUAGCUACACUGUGCUGCCGACUUCGAUGGCAAACACCACGUACGGCUUGUCAGUGCCAGCCUCCGCUCCAGACGAACAGGGAACAGCUAUCGUUUAUUUCUUGCCAAUCGACAAAAAAGUAACAGUUUAUGUCCAAGUGUUCAAUUCGACAACGCAAAAUUCCUUGACGCAAAGCACUCUGCAUCUGGAGCUGAAUGAUAGUGGAACCCUUUGGGCAUACAAGCGAACCGCUCAGGGAUUCGUAAUGUUUGUCAAUGGCACAGGAAAAUUCGCUAUUGUGGCGGCAGUUAACUCGCUUCCACUCUCUGAUGACGAAUUUGAGUUGAGCACUGACUUUGGUUGCUUCAUGCCAACGCCAAUCCUAGAUCAAACGUGUGAUGGCAGUACUGUUCUGGACACUCACAUCACCACAUUGCUCACCACGGGGCGUUUCCUUGUGACCGUACCUGCCGCUCCGUGUCAGAUAUCCGUUGAAACUCAUACUGACAGUGGUAUAACUGAUGUUACGACAGUAUCCGUCAAGAACAACAUCAUCGAUUUAUGGUCCAUACAUGGCAAUAACGCCGCUUUCCUAUCGAAGCGCGGACUUCUGCAAAUACUGCGUUACGGUGGCUAUGAGAGACAAACGGGCGGCUACAUAUCUGGCGCAUUUCUGGACAUGCUCCCUUCACGAACGCAAUUCGUCACCGCAAGCACAGCAUUCUCAACGCUGUCAGACAGCAACUUGAUUACGAUAAUUGGCGAUGAGAAAACUAAGGAAACAGCUGUGUUCGAUAACUUCUACGAAAUUGUGUGGGCACCUAUACCGUAUUUGGAUGAAGUAAUGUACUAUGCAGCGUCGUCCGUGCCAUCUGGCUAUCAUAAUGUCUAUUCAGAAGGCAGUUAUAUCGUCUUCGUUACCGGCAGCAUGGAUGGCGUUGCAUAUAGUUUCGUGCCUACAUACAACAGUGCGUUUUUUUUUUUCCUUCCCGUAACUGCUUUCGAGAGGCUUGCACACCGACUGCAAAAUGCAUUCUACUUCAGUGGAAUCGAUUUUUUGCUAUAUGCGUCUGUUUUGCCAAAAAUCGAGGCUGGAAGCUGUUCCUUUUUGCCGUUUAGUCAUCACAUCAUUUUUUAG